AUGGAAGAUUCCGGCAGGCCUCUCAUCGCAAGUCUCGGAAGCUCAUUCGCAGCUGGCCCAGACAUUCCUCCCCAAGUCGAGCCCUGCACUGCAAUGAGAUCAGGCCAGAACUAUGCAACCCUUUUAGCAAUACACUUGGACGCCAUCUUAACCGAUCGGACCGUCUCUGGUGCAACCUUGCUCAACAUAAUUGCUGAUGAACAGCACGCCUUCACCGAUAUAUUCCCGCCACAACUUGAGGGGUUGCCCGAUUACACCAAUAUCGUCACGAUAACAGCUGGAGGGAAUGAUAUCAAUUACAUUGGCGGCAUCAUCUCAGAGGCAUGUGGCUCAGAAAUUUCAUCUUCGCCCCUAUCCCCCGGUCAAUUGGAAGAGCGACUAGGUGAAGUCCUUGAUGAGAUACAUAGGCGUGCUCCACGUGCUCAUGUCUUUCUUGUCGAAUAUCUUGCUGUCCUCGGCCCUGACACCAAACCCGAGGAGGAUAUUCCAUUGACGCAGGAGAGAAUUGACUACCACCGCAAUGUUGCAUCUAUCCUCCAAAAAGCAUAUGUUGCUGCAGAGAAAGGCAGGUCGGAUUGGUGUGAAAGGAUCCCAAUCCACGAACUCAGUCAGGGGCAUGCCCUCGGUAGCAAAGAGCCGUGGGUUGGAUCAUUGGAAAGCGGUCCGGUUCUUCAUCCAAACCUGACCGGGAUGAAAGUGAUAGCAAACAUCUUAAUUGAAAAAUCCGAGAAGCUCCUUUCGUCCAAAGGAUUGUUGUGA